UGAAGGUGUCUAUCAUGGUUGCCUGUUAGUGCAGGCCGCGCUUGUAGAGAAAGCAUCAAUCUGCUAAGGAGAGAUCAAGCUGGGCAUAAGGAGCAGGAUACUGCGAUGAUGUAAACUUGCAGAACAUUUAAAAUUAAAUAGCAGCAGAUGAUUCCGUAAUGAAUUUGUCAAGUUUUAAGGUUCAAGAUGUCUGGUAUCAGCAUAUUCCCUUUUACCCUUCAUGUACUUGUGGGUAAUUUACAAGUGGCACGAUAUUGAAAGAAUGCCGCCACUGCUCUUGAUCUAUUUAAGAGAAACUUCCUGUACUGUUUAUUUUCAAUCAAGAACACAUUUUUAAUGUAUACAAGUUGCCAUGGAAACUCUUCACAGCUGCUCAGAAGAAAAUAUUAGGCCAAAAUCCUCUUCUUCAGUCUGCGAGCAAAAUGAUAAUGCUCAGGAUUCUGCAAAGGUUGAGAUCUCUCCUGGGCAAAACAGGCCUGGUGUGGACCACCAAAAUCAUGGAAAGCAGAAAAAGACCCCAUUCAAAUUUUUUGGAGGAAGAAAGAGCAUCUGUACCUUGCCAAGCUUCUUUGGGGGAAAGCACAAAGGCUUGGGAAAGGGCAGCUCAUGGAAAGGCCUAAGUAAAAGCAAAACUCAUGAUGGAAUUAGUGAUGUGCCCUGUGAGGAUGGGAAGAAAGGUUGUUCUGAAAGUUCUAUCAACAAACUAUCUUGUCAGGAGCUUACGAGAGUGGGGCAUACUUUGCCCAGCUCACACAGUGCAGAUUUGAGUGUUUCUUCCACAGUCAAGCUUGAUUUCAACUUCCAUGAUACUUCCCCACUUGGCAGCACUGAGUGUUUUGAUAAAAAAGUAAACGGAGAGAAGUCUCUGUCAUUUCCUCGACCAAAAAAGGGCCUGAAAGGACUUUUUAGCAGUAUACGUCGUCAUAAGAAAAAAAAUCCUGAUACUGAAAAAUCAGUGCAUUAUGAUCACACUACUCCUUUUGUGAUAAUAGAACCUGAAAGUAAAAAGUAUCACAAAAAGCCAGAACUUGAAGAGAGCAUUGAAUUGCCAAAUCUCAGGUUGUCUCCAAAUUCAUCUCUUAAUAAGACCGUGGAAAGUGAAAAAGAGACUUUGGAAUGCUCAGUCAGCUUUUCAGAAGUAACUAAACAUACAGUAAGUGAUUUACCUGUAGAAGCAAAUAUUGAUGUUGCUAAUGUGGAACAUGCCUUAGAUACAAAACCCAGCUCUGCUGUUUUAUGCUCUAGUCCAAUCGAGAACUUUCCAGAAGUUGCAAAUGUAGAUGCUAUAGCCUUGCCUAGUAUCUCUGCUGGUGACCAGAUUAGCCUUAUUUUUGAUGAAGUCUCUUCCCUCAAGAGUUUUGACUCCUUUACUGGUUGUGGGGACAUAAUUGCAGAUCAGGAUAUUGAUACUGUCAGUGAUAGUGCAGUUUCCUUGGAGAGAAGCCGGGAAACUACGAAGAGGAGCUCCUGUCUUGUGACUUAUCAAGGAGGUGGAGAAGAGAUGGCAACGCCAGAUGAUAUGGAGGAGGAGUAUCUUCAGCAUCUCUUGGAGGAAAGCAGUGAAACAGAUGCAAGCUACACACUUGAUAAAAAUCAUGAUCUGAAGGAAUUUACUGAACUGGAGAAUACUGGCUAUACUUUAGAAGUUGAAAAUACGUACAAUGAAAGAGUGGUUACAAACAAUACAGAGGUAUUAAGCCCACAAAGUGAUCAGCAGGAAUCGGCUCCAAAUAGUGAUGAAGGGUACUAUGAUUCUACUACUCCUGGAAAUGAAGAUGAUACAGGAGAUGGCUUCUCUCAGAAAGAACGUCUUCCAAGAGACAGCUAUAGUGGGGAUGCUCUCUAUGAGUUUUAUGAGCCUGAUGACAGUCUCAUGAGUCCUGCACCUGGAGGAGAGUCAAUGUAUGAGAGUAAAACGCCAUGCUCUGAAAUUUUUGAGCAGUUAUUUGAUUUUAGUCUUCCAGCUGGCAAUAACUUAAUUCAAGAUAUUGAGUGCAAAAACAGUGCAAUGGAGACAGAAGAAGAGCGCUUGGCUGUAAUUCAGAAACAGCUGCUAUUUUGGGAGAAACAACGAGAGGCAACUUUAAAAGGAAUAGAAGAUUUGAAUAAAGAUUUAUUUUCCAAAGAUACACAAAAUGUUGAAUGUAAUGCCAAAACAAAGUUAAUGGGGAAGGAUAAGGUUUACUUAAGCAGUAAAAAAAUACCACAGAACACAAGCAAAGAGUUUCUUAACAAAGGCAUACCAAAUUCACGAUUUGAGAAACUUAGCUGGAAAGACUUCCAGGAAAAUUCUCUUGCAAAUUCUAGUUACCAGGAAAGCUACAUCCAACAUUUAGUGGGUAAUGGCCUUAUACGGGGAAUGGAUUUUGAGCUGAAUGUUGAUCGCCUCAGAGCUCAAAACCAAAGCGACACAAAUGAAGCAAAUCUUAUGUAUCCAAACACUACUGCCAUGCUUCAAAGCCAGAAUGUAUUUGUUGCAGAUAAUGCAUCCAUCUCUGCCUAUGAUCAAGAGUCUGAAUUUGACCAGGCUGUGAACUUCUCUCAAACACUUGUUGAUUUCACUUCUAAUGACAUGUUAUUUUCAAGAAUCUCUGAACGUCUGGGUAAAGCAGAUGGUAGUUCUUCUUUCCAACACAAACUUGAUGCUCUUCCAACUAUGGUUACCUUUGACAUUGUUGAUGUUGAAAAUGAAGGUGAAUGUGACCAGCAAAUAGAACUGAGCGUAGGAGAUGAUGUGGUUGAAUCAUUCGAGAAUUUUGACCACAGCUGUGUUCAGGAGUCUUUAGCUGAUUGUGAACAGUUGUUUCAGUUGGACUCUACACAAACUUUCCACAGCUAUAACUGGGGAGUUACAAGUCUUCCUCGCCAUUUUGGCCACUAUAAAUUGAACCCCCCUAUGCCAGCACCACUUUCUCUUAACAGAAGGAGCAAAUCUCUGGAUGCAGAGAGCUUAGAGUUAGAACGUGAUGGUUUGCAAUUAUCAAAGAAUGUUUUAAAAUCCUAUGAUUUUAUUGCACCUUGGGGGGGUGAAAAGACUUCCUGGAAUUAUGAGGCAACGUGCCCCUUGGAUCAUGAGGUAGGAUGGGAUGGCUGUGAUGCUUUACAGCAGAGAGAUCAGACAUCUGAAGAGUUUUUAGGAUACAGCCCAGUAAUAACUUCAAAUCAAGCUUACAAUAGAAAACCUCAGGACUUAAUUACAAAUAAACAGAUAGCAAGGACCUUAACUUCACCUUUAGAAUGUAACAGCAGGCAACCAAGCCCUUACCAAUAUAACAGAAAAAACACUUCAAAGAAACUAGCUCUUGUUUUACCGCUGGAAGAGAGGAAGGUGUUGGAUGUAAAUCGCAGCACUUGUGUUUCCCACAUACAUGAUAAACAAGUUAAGGCCAAACCAGUGGGCAUCACACAAGCAAUGCCACAACAUCAGAAAAAUGAGGAAGAAACCUUAAAAUUACCAACGUGCUACCAGGAACAGUCUGUGGAUUCCACAAAAGGGACAGUGGAGCACAGAGACUCUGCUUCUGAGAACUGGAGUAAAAAUUAUGGUGAAUGUACUACUAGCAGUUAGUCUUGUUUUCCUGUUCAUCCUCACUAUACUGUCUUUAAGAAAACUGUUUUUAAAUAUUGGUUGUGAACCAAAAAAUUGACUAGGAGCUGCAUUUAUUAUUCUUAUUUAUUUUACUAGAAUUUUAUUGUGGUUGCUGGGUGGUCAUAGCAUCUAGGCAAAUCUACUGAUUGUAUUGAACAGUAUCACAAUAGUAUUCUACUGUUUCUGAAAUUGAAAUUAAGCCAUUGUUUGCUCUGUGAUCGGUCCCAUUUUGCCUACCAAUAUAGGGCAUUUUUUUUUUUUUUUUUUUUAUAAAUGCCUCUAUGGUAUCAUCUCCCAACUACUGUUUAAGUCCACCAGUGCAUAUUAUAUAUCCUUAUCUUUGCACGUCCUGUAUGCUUAGUCAUGACACAAUAUGGAUGAAUAUAGCAUACAAUACAUCCUAACAUAGUGGAUAUAUCAAUUUGAUCCACUUUUCAUAUUAAAAGCAUAUGGUGCCAGGUAAUCUAUUAUGAGCAAUACAAAAUCAGACUUAUAUAAACAUAACAAAGGGCUUGACAAAUUUGUUCAAAUCUAGGAGCUAGCCCAUACAUUUAAGAGCCAGAAGCUUUCAGACAUUCUUAAGAGAAAUAUAUCUAUCUGCAUAGUAUAUUCAUAGGCAAAUAGCCAAAUAUGUACACACGUGUAUGUAUGUUUAGAUUUGUAUAUCCCAGUUGCGAGGCCUAAAAAGGAUCCAGCUGCACCAAGCUAAAUUUAAGUUGCCAUGGGUGUCUUGUUGAAUCUAAACCACGGCACCAGGGUUUGUCAUGCCCUGAACUAAUAGUUUUUACCAAGACUAAAUAAAAUGACUAAUGUGAGUGAAUGUGUUAUAAUUUUUCAACAUUCUUAAUUGCAUUUUUAGAGUGGCAAGUACAUUUUGUUUUUUAUAACUGACCAAUAAUGCUGAUUAACUUCUCUGCCUUUACAGCUAUGGCAGGAUGAAGUCUAUUUAGGUGACUUCGGCACUAAAAAAAUCUUGUGCUCUUGUUUGUGUCUGAUACACCAUUGUAAUACACUAGUCUGGCACAUUACAACUGACUCUGCAAACCAUUGAUACUGCAUCAGGUCAUUGUCCCUCUUUAUUGUGUAUAAAACAUUAGUGUUUGAAAUGGGGAAAUAGCUUUGAGUCCCUUUUUGCAUUGUAUCGGCUUAUCAUAUAAUUCAAUGUUGGAAAAAUGCACAUUAUGUUGUAAAGGUAACAGAACCUUGUAUAAGCUACUUCCAAAUGCCUCUGAAGAAAGAAAGAAGUUGGUUCCAGCCUCCAAACGAUUCUUUAAAAAGUGACCUUAAUUGGUCCAUAUUAAGGUCCAAAAACAUGUUUCAGGCCUGCAAUCGGUUAAUUAAAGGAACACUAAACCCAACACAAUUCUCUCAUGAUUCUAGUAGAGAAUACAAUUUUAAAUAUUCCAAGUUACUUGUAUUAUCUAAUUUGCUUCAUUCCUUAGAUAUCGUUUGCUGAAGAAAUAGCAAUUAACAUGUGUGAGCCAAUCACCUGAGGCAUCUAUGUUCAGCAACCAAUCAGCAGCCACUGAGCCUAUCUAGAUAUGCUUUUCAGCAAAGUAUAUCAAGAGAAUUAAGCAAAUUAGAUAAUAGAAGUAAAUUAAAAAGUUGUUUAAAAUUGUACUCUUUCUGUUUAAAUAUUUAUUUUAUUUGUAUACCAGCAGGGAAAAAUAUUACCACAUGAAUAUAAAUAAGCAAAAACACAGACAUAUUCUUUGUGUGUGUGCCACGCAGGGCAUCAAAACCUAUGAAAAAAAACAAGAAAAAAACUGCAUAUAAAUAACUUUAGUAGUAUCUCAGCAAACUUAACUAUAUUCUCCCUGUUGGAAUUUUUAACUUUAACUUACAUUCCUUUUUAUUAAGUCUAUGUUUUAAUUUUAUUUUCGGCAUUGCUGUUUCAGACAAUUACAGAAAUCCAAAAUAAACAGUUAGUAUGGCUAGGUAUACCUCAAACCAAAAAAAAAAAAAAUAUAUUGUCCCUAUGGUGUGUACAUAUAUAAUCGCUUGUAAUCGCCUUCCUCCAUCCCCCUCUCGCACAUUAUAGUCCUGCAUUAUUAGCUGGAAGCCAGGUACUAGGGAAAGUCCCCGCCAGUACUCGUAGUUGGGAAAAAAACUGAUUUAACAUAUGGUUUGACUAUAUAUUAUCUUUACCAGCUGGUACGCAAAAUAUUAAACACUUUCCAAUGUUUAAAGAACAUGUUUAAAGAACACUUUCCAAUGUUUAAAGAACAUGUUUAAAGAACAGUUCUACUUGAUCGUCAGGCAGCCCGUGUAGAUUGUAACGUUCAGACAUACACUGAGUUAGCACUGAGUUAGCAGGGCCUGUUUAAGCUCUCUCAAGGUGGGCGCCUUUUUUGCUUUCCAUUUUCUCAAUAUCAAGUUUCUGCCCAAAAAUAUAAUUAUAUUAAUCAAUUUCAGAUUACAAACUGUUCCUUGAUAUUUAACUAAAAACAAGAUCUCCAUGGGCUGAAUAGUGUAAUCAAGUCUAAGAGCUGCGUUCAUCCAAUAUACUAUCUUAGCCCAAAACUGACCAAUCAUAGGACAGGACCAAAAACAGUGUAUGAUAUCUGCACAGAUGGCACUACAUCUGGUACAAGGAAUGUCCACACCAUACCAUCUUGAUAAUUUUGCGGGAGACAGAUAUGUCAUUAGGGCUAUCUUAAUUUGAGAUUAUCUCCAUGCUGUCAAAACCCAACUCUAAAAUUGUACUCUUUCUAAAUCUUGAAAGAAAAAAAAAAAAGGUUUCAUGUCUCUUUAAGUCUCAUGCUAUCUGGUUCUCAGCCAUAAAUAUUGUUGGAGGCUUGGGAAAGCCUAGAUAAUUGUAGUGCUUACAAGGACAUAAAACACAAACUUUUUAUUUCAUGGUUCAGAUAGAGCAUGCAAUUUUAAACACAUUUCUAAUUUACUUCUAUUAUCAAAAUAAUUUUUUAGGGUGUCUUGUAUACCUUUUUUAAAACAAACUUUUUUUUUUUUUUUUUUUUCCUUUUCUUAAUUAACCACUUUCAGGGAAUUUAAUAAAUGCAAAUUAAAGAGUCUGAAUGUUUGUGCAAAGAAAACACUAAUGUAACAAUCUCCUACUGUAUUUACAUUAUAUUAAAAAGGGCCUUGGAUUUUAUUUAGUAUCAAUUAUCUUUUGCAACAAAGGAAACUACUGUUAUCUGCACAUUGUAACAAAAUGGUACAGUUACAAAUGCAUUUAUUGUCCAACUUUAAGAUUAUAAAGAAAUUACAGUAGAUAUAAUUGAAUAACACUAAAAAAAAUAUUUUAAAUAUUUUGUCUUGUGCUACACGGACGUAUUGUGAAACUUAAUUUUUGUUUCCAUUUGUUACACACAUUUCUAGAUUGUCAUAUGUAGAAAUAUAAUUUGCUAGUUCUUUUUGUUUGUUUUUUUAAAGAUGCAAACGCUGUACAGAUGAAAGUGUAAUUUAUUACCAGCUAUUAUUUUUUAAUGAUGGUAAAACCUGAAAAAAUAAAGAAAACUUGAAUAUU